AUGCUGCUGGAGCCAAAGCGCGAGGUGGCCGUGGAGCUGGUGGUGCCGCGCGACGCUGGCGGCGUGGAGGUAUUCCGGGCGUACCGCGUGCAGCACAACAACAGCAGGGGCCCAUUCAAGGGCGGCCUCCGCUUCCACCCCAAUGUGGACCUGGACGACGUGAGGAGCCUCGCGAGCUUGAUGACAUGGAAAACCGCGCUGAUGGACCUCCCGUUCGGCGGCGCCAAGGGUGGAGUCCAACUGGACCCCCACAAGCUGUCAGAAAGGGAGCUGGAGAUACUUACCAGGAAAUUGGUUCAGGGUAUCAAAGACGUCAUCGGACCCGCUGAGGACAUUCCGGCUCCCGACAUGAACACGAGUGGCCGAGAGAUGGCAUGGAUAUUCGACGAGUACUCCAAAUUUAAGGGCUAUUCACCGGGCGUUGUCACGGGGAAGCCCGUGCACCUGCAUGGAUCUGUGGGGAGAGAGGCGGCGACCGGGCGGGGCUGCGCAUUCGGCAUUCGGGAGAUCCUGAAGGCCAUGGGAUACGGGAAGAUGUCGGACCACACUUUCGUAUUCCAGGGCUUUGGAAACGUGGGCGCCUGGGCCUCGGAGAUCGUACACGACAUGGGCGGCAAGGUGGUGGCCAUCGCGGACGAGCACAGCGCCACGACCAACCCAAAGGGGCUGGACAUCCCAGCGCUGAGGCGCCACGCGGGCGAAGGGCACCUGCUGGAGGCGUUCGCCGGGGGGCAGGCCCUGGCCAAGGAAUCCAUCUUGCAGGUCCCCUGCAGCAUCCUCGUGCCCGCGGCCCUGGGGGGUGUCAUCACGCCGGACGUCGCGAGGUCCCUGGACUGCAAGAUCGUGGUGGAGGCCGCCAACGGCCCCACCCUCCCCGCCGCGGACAAGAUCCUCCAGGACCGCGGCGUCAUGGUGCUGCCCGACAUCUACUCCAACGGCGGCGGCGUCACGGUCAGCUUCUUCGAGUGGGUGCAAAACCUGCAGAACUUCAAGUGGGAUGAGGAGGAGGUCAACCGGAAGCUGGAGCGCAAGAUGGGCGCCGCCUUCGAGUCGUUGUGGCAGAUCCACAGGGAGAUGGACGUGCCGCUGCGCACGGCGGCAUUCGUCAAGGCCGUGGGGAGGGUGGCGCGGGCGGAGCGGUUCAGGGGCUUCGAUUGA